GGUCUCUCUGCUUACAGAGGACGGGGCACCAGCGAGCUGCUGACCUGACGGACCUUCACAGGAACAGGGUUGCACAUGAAAAGCACCAUCUAACUGCUGACUAAAUCAACAAAAAUGGGGAACGUACCAUCAGAAAGUAACAUGGGCGACAGCCUGAGAUGCUACAUUUGUAAUAAAGUCCUCCCUCCAUGCAGAUCCUUUGAUAACUUAUACCAAAGUACUGUUCAUGGGCGGUACGUGCAUGUGUUCAAUGGAGGUGAAUACUACAGACCAGUUGGCGCCGGUAUGUACGAGUGUGAAUACUGCUUUAAUAAACCAAUCAGGGAUCAAGAGCAAAUGAGGAGAGAGGAGGAGAGGAGAAGAGAGGAGGAAAGACAGAGAGAGGAAGAGAGGAGAAAGGAAGAGGAGAGACGAAGAGAUGAAGAGAGGAGAAGAGAAGAGGAAAGACAGAGAGAGGAGGAGAAGAGAACAGAAGAAGAGAGACGAAGAGAGGAAGAGAAGAGAAGAGAAGAGGAAAGACAGAAACUGGAUCAAAGUCUACAAGAAUCGCAGCAACGAGCCAAAGAGCAGCAUGAGAAACAACAGAGCAGCCACAUUUCAGAAGAAUAUGAGUCCAAGCGAGAUGUUCAGAUGUGGCAUCUGGAUGAGUUUGAGGCUAAGUAUGAAUCAGGCAGGGAUGAGCUUCUAGAAAUCCUCUCUAAGAAAUGCAGUUCCCCUGUUCCAGAUCUGAGUCUCACUCAGCUGACAGCAGACCAGCAGCGGGAGAUCCUGUCAGUCCUGGACAAACUUCUGUUUGAUGAAUGGAUCAGUGCUCCCCCGUCCCUCAGCACUCUGCAGCACACUCAGGUGUUCAUCACAGAGCUGUGUGCCCUGUCUCUGGAGAUCCCCGAGGGAGUUCCCCUACAAAGCAUCUCCAAUCAGGUGCAGUCCCUGGUGGACUCCAUCAGCCAAUCAGCACGCAAUGCUGCUGAGAGUCUCCUGCUGACUCAAGCUCUGUACCUGAACCUGAUGCACUUUUUCACUGACUAUAGCAGCUCUGAUACUGACGCAGUCCUCAUAGCCAAACAGUGGGCUGGAGAUAAGCUUUCCACUGAGAACCUCUGUCUUAUAGAAUUCCUGAGCACCCUCGCAUCAUCACUGCAGAAUGUAGUGGGAAGAGCCUCUGUGUUCAUUUUAAAGAUGGAAAUCCAGUGCUUGAAGCUUCUCUUAUCCACACUCACACAUCUAACUGGCAAAGAAACCCACUCAGAAUCCACUGAGAUGCUCCUCAGACUUGUGCAAAGAAACCAAUGGACCCCAACGGAGACAGUGACUCUGCUCAAAGCACUGUCACAGAAAUAUGCAGAGGAUGUUUCAAUAACUGAAGUCCUUAAGCUGGUGCAAGCUUAUGACAUAUCACCAGAGUGGACGGAUGAGUCCGGACACACUCUCGUCCAGGCUCUGGACUUUGCUGGCCCUGAGAGAUUCCAUCAGGAUUUCCUAAAUACUCUCAGAAGGAACGAUGAGAGCAGUCUACCUGCAGCUCUAGCAGAAGUGAAGAUGUUAUGGAAUUUGGAUGAUUCUGUGGUUGAUAUGAUAAAAAACAUUACCACUGGUGUCCUGCAGUACGCAGAAAAUGCACCUAAAGAUGCACCAUUUGUGAAAGAUUCCUUCACACGUGAUCCCUUGAAUGCAGACGACCUACAGAAGUCUCUGUCUCAGCUCUGCAAAGCAGUUUUUGACACCAAAGGCUGGUGGCCCACAGUGAGGCAGAUGCUGCGGUGGUGUGCGUUGGUGCUGAAGAGUGGAGAGCUACAACUGGUUUGUGUGGAAGAAGACGAAUGUGUCACAGCCAUGUUUGCAGCCACACAAGUCUGCAUGGGAAACAAACUGGACAUUGUGCUGAGCGCUGAUGUUCCCUCAGAGGAGCGAACUAAGGAGUGGUCUGACUUCUACAAGCACCUGGGAAUCUCUCUCAACACAAACAUGAAGAAAACAAAUGCAUCUUACAGGGAGGUCUAUGAAGCAGACAUUGUGUACGGUACCAUCAGUGACUUCAUCUCUGAUUACUUUCAGUACGGCAUCGAGGGGAUGGGAACAGGGAACCCUCAGCUUAGACGUGGAUUUAUCAUUGAACAACAAAGUCUCAGUUCUUCACAUAAUCUGGAACUUUCUAGGCUCAAGGACAAUGAUUCCCUGGUGUUUGCUGCAGAGGUCCUGCAAAGCCUCAUGGGUAAAUUUCAGAGUGAGGAUAUGGAACUGAGACACAUGUUUCUUAAGGCUCUUUUUCAGGUGCUCCACACCAACCUAAACAACGACACAAACACUGACAAUAAAAUCAUCACCAUCUCACAGAAAGUUACUGGAAAGGAACUUCCUUCUAAUGAGGUCUUUGUUCUGACCUUUCUUGAGAAUCUCCUGAGAGUGGUUACUAGAGAAACAGAAGCUGAGAAAAACAGGACAUCUCCUGCAGGCAAAUGGUGUUUGGAGAUUUUAUUUAACUGUGCAGAGCAGUUCCAAGACUCAACAGCACAACUCAAGGAACUCUUCCAGAUGGUUUCAAAUCUUGGACUUUGGUCCCACGUUGAGACCUUAAAUCUCGUUGGAGCAUUAACUGACCACCAUCAUGAUGAAGACUGUAUUUCCAUCAUGAAGAUUUUACACUUGAUGGCAACGUAUCAGGUGUCUUCCACGUGGACAGACAAGGACAACCAAUCUCUCCUUAAACUCUUAGAGUCAACUAGAACUGAGAAUCUGAUCCAGCAUUUAGAAAAGAGCCUGAGAGAUGAGAAAACAAAAAGCCUUGACACUCUGUUUGAUGAAAUAUGGCAGAUGAAAGACAUCGAUGAACAAACACUGAGUAAAUCAUACAGUGUAGUAACUCAUGUAACAAACCUGAUCGAAACCGGUGAAAUUAAAAACCACACAGAUGUACAGCGAGCUAGGAAUCUGAGUCACAGCACGGACACAGAAGACCUUCAGGAGGUCCUGGCAGUCUUAUGCAAUGCUGUAAACCUGUGCCAGGCUGAAGGGAAGUGGUGGCCCAGAACCACCCAGAUGACCAGCUGGUGCCUCUUGGCCUUGUCUGACACUGGGAUUCUCCUGGAGAUGGGCACUGGAGAAGGGAAGUCUUGUGUCAUAGCAAUGUUUGCAGUGCUGCGUGCGCUUAGGGGUGAAAAAGUAGAUGUGGUGUCCAGCUCUUCUGUGUUAUGUCAAAGAGAUGCAGAAGAAUGGACCAACUUCUACAAGUACUUUGGCUUGACAGCUGACACAAACACAAAUAAAACCCAAGAUAAAGAUCGCAAAGAAUGCUACCAGAAGGACGUGGUCUAUGGCACUAUCGAAGCCUUCGCUGCAGAUCACCUUCGCCAGAUAUUUGAGAUGAAGGAUGUGAGGCCUGAUCGCAGCUAUCAGUGCAUCAUAAUCGACGAAGUGGACUCCCUGCUGCUGGAUCAGGGAGUGCAGCUGACCUACCUGUCCAGCCCCAUGGUCUGCAUGCAGCACCUGAACAUCAUCCUGGCCAUGAUCUGGGGCCACGUCAGCCAGUACGGCUUCCUGUCUACAGGAGACCAGACAUUUGUCCGGGGUCCUCCUGCUUCAUUCUUCAAGGCCAUCUUUGACUCAAUAGACACAGAAGACACUGACAUUAAUGAUCCAAUGGACAUUUUACGUAUCGCUGAAGAAACCAACACUGUGCCAAGUGGAUUUACAGAUGAUACCUACAAAAGUGAAAAGGAUGAACUUCUGAUCAAACUGAAAACUGUGAGUCAGGAUGCUGUGGUAAAGUUUUUCCAAGAAAUUGAGGACUAUGUCCCCUAUGGUUUCACUGUUUACACUUUAGACGACAAGGGAUUGCUCCGCCUUAGAAAACGCAGCCCGUACAACAACGAGGACAUUCCAGAGGUUAAAUUUCUUGUCUUGGAGGAAGGCUUGUGUUGUAGUCUCUAUGAUUCAGAAGAAAUUCUCAUCAUGCCCAUUGCAGAAUUAAUCUCAGAGAAGAUUCAGUACACCCCAUGUACAAACAAUGAAGACAAAAUCAGCAUUCCUGGAUUCUUGAAGAAUCUGGUGGAGAAGAAAGUGUCAGUGUGGGUUCAGAAUGCCUUUCUGGCAAUGCAGCUGAAGCAAGGACAGGAAUAUGUUGUAGAAAACGACAACGUCUGUCCAGUGGAUUUCAGGUCAACUGGUAUAAUAGAACUGAAUAAGAAAUGGGGGGAUGGUCUGCAGCAGUUUGUUGAGAUUAAACACCAAAUCAAACUGAGCACAAUUUCAACAGUGACAAACUACGUGUCUAACAUCUCCUUUUUUGAAAAGUACCAUGGGAAAAUAUAUGGAACAACAGGGACACUUGGGAGCAAAGCAGACAUUCUGUUUUUGCAGGAGCUAUAUCCAAAUCUGUCUGCCUGCAAAAUGCCAACAUUCGACCGGAAGAAGUUAUUUGAGGUCAAAGGUACUCUGAAGACCUCAGCUGAAGAGUGGAAAUCUGAAAUAAAACGUGUGGUUAUGGCUCAGAUUUCUCCAAAUUCAUACAGAGAUGGAAGAGCAGCCCUGGUGAUCUGUGAAACUAUCAACAAAGCCAAAGAGAUCUACGAAGAGCUGAAAAGCAGCAUCCCAGGUGAGAUCAUUCUCUACUGCCGCAGCGACAAAGACAGUUUGAGCAAAAUAGAAAAGGAACUGCUACCUGGUGAUGUAAUUGUUGCCACAAACCUUGCCGGGCGUGGCACAGACAUAAAAGUGUCCAAACAGGUGAACAACAAUGGAGGACUAUUUGUGAUCCUCUCCUUCCUCUCUGAGAACACAAGAGUGGAACUCCAGGCUUUUGGUCGAACUGCUCGUAAAGGGAAACCUGGAUCUGCUCAGAUAAUCGCGUCCACUGAACACCAGUCUUUCAGGACGGUGUCUUCUCUGGAGGAAGCUAAGAGCACAAGAGAUAGACUUGCAGCAGAAAAGAUAAAUCACAUAAUGAAUGAUGUCACUGAGUUGAAACUGCGAGAGGACCUGUUUUCAGAGUACUGCAAAACUCUUGAAGAUGUUUAUAAGAAGACAGAUGGAGAAGAGGAAAGAGCUGUUGUUGCCAUCAUGAAUGAGUUCUGGGGGAUAUGGUUGCAAACAAAAUCAGAGGAAAUUGACCAGUUGAAGAGAAAUGAAUUGCAAACUAGUUUGAAAGCUGAUUUGUCAUUGGCACAAAGUCAGUCUCAAAGUCAGACUUCACCGUGUUCUAGCAUUUAUCACUACAUCACGUUUGGAAAUGUCGCGCUGAGCGAAAAACAAUGGGACGUCAGCGCCAGGCUAUUUGAAAAAGCCAUGAAUCAAGAUGAAAGCUGGGCAGCCAUAGCUUUUUACAGUCAUGCAUACUGCACUAUAAAGCAGCAGAAAGCAGAUUACCUGACUAAGGCCAGAGAUGAUCUAAAGAAGGCUCAGGAGUCUCUGAAGUAUGUCAGUGAACAAUCCGUGGUCUGUCUGCAGUUUGUAAAAAUGUCCUCUGCACACUCAGCCAACAGUAACCAAACCAGCCUUGAAAAACAGUUAACAACCAAGUGCAGCAUGUUGAGUUACUUUGAUAAAAACAUUACUGAGGCCAUCAAGAAGCUGGAUGAGAUCAAAGAAAGAGGGAGGGAUGCAAUAGUCAAAAAAUCCCCAAUGUUCUCCCUGGUGUCGACUGCUGAUGAAGAGCUCCAAGUGGAAGCCUACAACCUCUACAGUCAAGGUCUGAAAUAUGUAUUUUCUGUGGAAGAGGAGCCUCGUUUCCCAUGGGAAGGUCUGCUGGUGUUCUGUCUUGGAAUUUUACAGAUUAUUGGAGGAGCACUGCUCACUGCAUUUACAUUUGGGACAUUAGCUCAAGUCGGCAUGGGACUCAUAGUUGAAGGAAUAUCAGACUGCAUCACUGGCAUAGAGGCCAUGGUGACUGGAGAAUUCAGCUGGACAUCAUGGGCUAUAGAAAAAGCCAUUUCUAUAGGUGUAUCUCUCAUUGGGUUUGGAGUUGGAAAGCUGAUUUCAAAGGGCUACAAAGCAUCUAAAAUGUUGAUUAAGGGAAUCGCGAAACAGCUGAAGGCGAUGCCAAAGUUUCUCUCCAGACAGGCUAAAGAAGGUUUAAGUGUUGUCACAAAGACAAAUAUGAAGAAUGCAGUAAAAGUCACUGCUAAAAAAAUGGUAGAGGAAAUCAUUACCUAUGGACUUGGGAAGGCGGAAGAGCAAAUACUGAAAGAAAUACUGAACAGCAUCAAAAAUGAGGUGAAAAACGGAAUUGUUGAAGAUGUGAAAUCCAACAUGGAAAAAGAGCCCUUGGCUUCAUUAGUAGACUCCAUCGUCCUCUCACACCUUGAGGAUAAAAAGCAGCUUCAUGAUCUCCUGCAGGACAAGAACAGAAAGAGUGAGCUGCUGGCCAUUUUCAAAGAGUUGACAAAUACUGCCGCACAGCCGUUCUAUGCAGACCUCAGCUGGCAGAACAAGCUCAAUUCAUCCUUCUCCAAAGUGAUUAACAAAGCUAAAGAAGAGGCCAAAGGAAAAGCACGUGGAAUUCUGAUGGCCAUCCAAGCUGUCCACAUAGGAGUACUGGCAGUAGACGCCAUUAGCGCAGUGCACAGCCUCUCCAGUAAGUUUUUCUCAAACCUCCAUGAACAGCUGAAUAUAUUUAAAAAAGAAAAAGGUUCGUCAGAGAAAGUGAAGGUAAAUGAGCUUUCUGCUUCUGAUGCUGAGAUGCUGAAAGAAUUCAAGCAGGACUUGGCCGACACCAUCAGUGCUUUAUUGGCUGAUGCUUUGGUAGAAGUGUUCCACCAGAAGUUCUCCAGUCACAUUGUUUCUCGUGUUCAAGGCCAAGUAAAUGGCGUCAUUGGCCGUUAUGUAAGAACUGGCUUAAAGAGUGACAGAACAGAGGAAAAACUCAAAGCUGGACAGAACAACAGAUACAUCUCAUACAUGCCAGGAGACCCGAAUGCUAAACAUAAAUCUGCAGGAGAGGCAGGUAAACGCUCAGAGUCACAUGCUGAAAAGAUCAGGAACCCUGUGACUGCAGGCACCAUUCUCGAUAUCAGAGUCCUGUCAGAAGCCACUGGGACUAAGGUUGUUAUUCUAACAGAGGACAGCCAUGGCAGACUUACCAAGAUGCAGGAGCUGAACCCAGGAGCUAAAGCCACCAGUCAAACUGUGACACUGAUCUACAGACCAAAGAGUGCCCAACACCCAGACGGCCAUUAUGACGUGCGCAUCAAUAACCAGACAGUAAACAUAGACAGCGAGAGCAAGAGCUGCCUGUUUCACGCUUUGGCACGAGGCAUGAAACCAGAGGCCAGUGAAGAAGAGAUCGCUUUAGAAGCAGAACGCCUCCGAUCUGUGGAGGCCGACACUCUCCUCAGACAUCCAGGCCAAUGGGAGCCUUUCAUCAAGCGCAAAGAGUGGACUGAAGCAAUCAGAGGAGGGGACUGGUACAUGGCAGAGGGAGCUGCACCACCAAAGAAAAAAAUCAAACUCAUGAAAGAAACUGAGGAAGCUCUUGAGCAAGAAACUGGGAACGUGAAACUGUACGAAGAGUGGCAGCAGGAUUCAAAGGACAGAAAAGGAAUUGGAAAGUUCAUCAACGGAGAUCACCAACCACCAGUAAACAGUAUACUGAAAGCAAAUGAAUUGAACCAGAAUAGUAAAUUAGCUACAGCUAUGCUUGAGGUGGCAACAUCCUCUUCUCCUCUGGAUAAAAAGCUUAUAGAGGACGUAUACAACACUCAUGGGCUUGGGCUUCCAAUUGUUUAUGUGCCAGAAGAGGUGCAUCGUGAGUUCCCCAGUACAAAAUCUCAAAGAUUCAGGGACUUACUGGCUGAAACCAUAAGCAAGGAUGAUGUUGCGGCCACCUUCAAACUGACCAUCCUUGGUGCAAUGCCCAGAAGUAUGCUAGACAGCUCCAAGAAGUACAACAAUUUUGACCAAAAGAAAAUGAGUCCCACCAGGCUGAAGGUUUUCCAGGACAGUUUUCCAGAACAUUCUAAAGCAUUAGUGGAUAAAUGGUUCAACCUCCUGGGACACAAAACAGAUCUCAUGAAACCAGAGAUUAAAAAAGAAAUGGAGGACUGGAUCAAUGCUAAAAAAUAUGAAGAUCAAAAUGAUCCCUUCAGGAACCAAGUCAUCAGCACCCUUCAAAGUGUAUCGACACCUGACAAUGUGACUGAUCAGCCAGCACAAUGAAAGCUACGCAGAUCUUCCACUUCCAGGUUCAUUAUCAAGAGACCUCUCUGGAGAUGAUGAUUACUUUUCCCUUUGGUUUGAUUUAAAAUAACUAAAUUUUCUAUCCAGGGGGCUCAUUACAGAAACAAUCCUAACUGUCCUGUCCUAUCUCAAAAGUGAAAGAUGGGAAAAUUCCAAAUUUGCCAUUACAGAGUAGUAGUCCAAAGUUUAUUCUACUUUACACCCCUUUGAAUUUUUUAAUGGAAAUAAAACAUAUUUCAUAUUUUUCAUAAAAGACAUAAUUGCAUAGGAGCAAUGGUAAUUGGUUACAAUAGAAACACACUUUUAAAUUUAAAUCAGACAUCAUUCAUGUUUAAACAAUCUAAUGCUAUAACUAAUGAUUUGUCACUAGAACAUUGUCAGUGGAGAACAUCACUACUAAUUACUGUAUAGAUACAGUUGAGUAGCCAUAGCAGACUAAUGUAGAUUUUAAAUUUGAGAAAGAUCUGUGCUGUUUAUUAGUGAGGACUCACAUAUUCGGGAUUUUAGCGUCUUGGAUGCUUCAGUAAUAUCUGAAUCCUGACUAUAGGUAAAACAAUAUAAAGUUAGAAAACCUUGGCCUGUAAUGGGAAAAGUCCUAAACGCUGUCUUAGGUCAGAACAGGUAGGAUUUCAGAUUUACAGAUGUUUCUUUAAUGUCAAUUUAUUAUUAUUGUAUUAUAAAUAUAAUUUUAACUAUAAUCACUUCCAACAUAACCUAUCCAUGUGUGCUUUGAUUAUCAAUUUCAAAUCAAUUUGAUGCACUGUAUUUUUUUAAUCCAUACAUAUUUUUCACGUUUGCUGUAAUGCUUCAUUAAUUUCAUUGUUUUUUAUUAAGAAAUAUCUUCUUCAUGUGCAGGACUGUAUCCUCACAGCAUCCAUUAAUUGGAGACACUUUUACUGUCAGACAUACCUUUUAAAUUGAUGCUGUCAUCCAGAGCAAUUGAUAAAGAACAGUGUUGAUUUUUAUAAAAUAUCACCUCAGGAUACCAUUUAAGAUCACAUAUAUCAGAUAACAGAAUAGUUGUGAUCAGUUCUGGUGAAUCUUUUUUAUUUUCCUCUUUCUGCGCUCGCCAUUUCUUCCAUAUGUAUCAAUUAAAGGAGCAAACUAGCGAACUAUUGCCAAAAUUCAACAUAUGUGUUCUAUUAUACAAGCAAACAUAUUUUCUAUUGGAGCACCUGCAGGGAGCUGCAUAGAAACAGAAACUGCUUGAAAUCACAGAAGCUGCAGAGAAAAAGUUAGAAAUUGUACGUAACUGGGAAUAAUGCUGGGAAAUUAUGUAAAAUAGGAAAUGAUGUAUUGCAUGGAAAUGAUUGUGGGAAAUAUUAGAGGAUAAAGCUUGAGAUGUGUCUCAGACAUGGAUGAUUAGUUGCUGAGCUGCUGAUUGGAUGAAGAGAAUAGAGGCGGGGCUCAGAGAGGGUGAAACAGAGCUGAUCAAAUCCCAGACACAGUUUGGAUGGCAGGAAUGCUCUUAACAAAGAUCCGUUCACUUGGUGAAUUCUUCCACCAUAAAGUGAUCUUGCUACCUUCAGAUCCACCAGGUUGCAUCCAGUUCUCAUUUUCCUAAAUCCUGUUUGUCUCUGAGCCCCUGCUCUGUGUCUACAGCAGCUCAUGCUUUGUCUUACAGAUGCUGUCAAAUGUUUGAUUGAUUCAGGGAUUCAAUGUAACUACAAAUGCUACAGCUUUUGUGAAUGAACUAUACACUUUGUCAUAUAAUCUGUGUGUUACUUUGCACAGUGCUCUUUAAUCACGGCCUGAAUAACAUGUAACCUCAUGUCUGAAAUAUUUCUGUCUUCAUAAAGUGAGCUGAAAGCUACAGUGU